ACCAAAAAAAACAAACCUCUCAUUUCACUUGUCUCAAUUUUUCCUCAACAUUUCUGAAGCGCGUUGAGAGAGAAAGCAGAGAAAAAGGUAGUCCGUGCCACAGGAAGUGCGGGGAUUCUCCGCCACUUCUUUGCUACGCCGCACUCUUAACUUAAACAUCUACCGGAAGUUUCAAUGGCUGCUACAGCUACAGCUUCGCCUGGGCCGCGGUAUGCACCUGAAGAUCCAUCAUUACCAAAACCAUGGAGAGGGUUGGUGGAUGGGAAAACUGGAUACUUGUACUUUUGGAAUCCAGAGACUAAUGUGACUCAGUACGAGAGGCCUGGUGCACCUUCACAUGGUAGCUCGAUUUCAUCUAGGCCUUACUCGACUUAUGUAAGUUCUUCAGCCCAAGUUCAGCAGUCCUCUAAUGGACAUAAGGAUGUUGGGAAUGGUGAUAAUGAUGAUAAAUAUAGUAGAGGUAGCAAUGUUGAAAGGAAUCAUCAGAGCACCAAAGGUGGAAAUAUUCCAAAUGAUGCUGUUGUUGAAGGAUCCAUUCGUGAGCAAAGACCUGUGGAUGCAGCCCAUGCAGGUAGCGGCUUGUCGCCUGAAGCUUAUCGUCGUCGGCAUGAAAUAUCUGUUUCUGGAAGUGGUGUGCCCCCACCUUUCACAAAUUUCGAAGCUACUGGUUUCCCUUCUGAAUUGCUGAAAGAGGUACACCAGGCUGGAUUUUCUGCUCCUACACCUAUUCAGGCACAGUCAUGGCCAAUUGCAAUGCAAGGUCGAGAUAUUGUGGCAAUUGCUAAGACAGGUUCUGGAAAGACCUUAGGCUAUCUUCUUCCAGGUUUUAUGCAUCUCAAGCAGCGCCGCAACAAUACACAAAUGGGACCAACUGUGUUAGUACUGUCACCGACAAGGGAAUUGGCAACACAGAUUCAAGAUGAGGCUGUGAAAUUUGGGAGGUCCUCCAGAAUAUCUUGCACGUGUUUGUAUGGAGGGGCACCCAAAGGCCCACAAUUGAAGGAGUUAGAUAGAGGAGUGGAUAUUGUGGUAGCUACACCUGGUCGUUUGAAUGAUAUACUAGAGACAAAGAGAAUUAGCUUGAAUCAGGUCUCCUAUUUGGUGCUUGAUGAGGCAGAUCGGAUGCUAGACAUGGGUUUUGAGCCACAAAUUAGAAAAAUUGUGAAGGAGGUACCCACUCGUCGCCAGACACUGAUGUAUACUGCAACAUGGCCCAAAGAGGUCCGAAAGAUUGCAGCUGAUCUAUUGUCAAAUGCUGUCCAAGUUAAUAUUGGUAAUGCAGAUGAACUUGUUGCAAACAAGUCUAUCACUCAGCAUGUGGAAGUAGUUUCUUCUAUGGAAAAACAAAGACGACUGGAGCAGAUAUUAAGAUCUGAAGAACCAGGAUCAAAGAUCAUUAUCUUUUGUGCAACUAAAAAAAUGUGUGAUCUUCUUGCUCGCAACUUGUCUCGUCCAUUUGGUGCAGCUGCAAUACAUGGUGACAAGUCUCAGAGUGAACGUGAUCAUGUACUAAAUCAGUUCCGAUCUGGAAGAUCUCCUGUGCUGGUUGCUACAGAUGUUGCAGCCCGUGGUCUUGAUAUUAAGGACAUUAGGGUGGUGGUUAACUAUGACUUCCCUACAGGAAUUGAGGACUAUGUUCAUAGAAUUGGUAGAACGGGAAGAGCAGGUGCAACUGGAGUGGCAUAUUCAUUCUUUAAUGAUCAGGAUAGUAGAUAUGCUUCUGAUCUUGUAAAGAUUCUUGAAGGGGCAAAUCAAAAAGUUCCACAGGAGGUCCGUGAUAUGGCACUACGAGGUGGUGGUGGUGGAAUGGGUAGGUUUAGACGUCCAUAUGGCUCUGGUGGUCGUGAUGGAGGCCGAGGUGGGAGAUUUGAAUCAAGUUAUGGUGGCAGGGAUGGUGGAAGGGGUCGCGAUAGGUAUAAUGAUAAUGAUAGAGGCUACCAACAUGAUAGAGGCUACCAGCCUAGAGGUCGCAGCCGAAGUCCAAGCCCAAGUGGUCAGAAGGCUUGGGGUGGGGCUCCAGUUAAGGAUCAGGGGUGGAACCGUGGGAGGAGUAGAAGCCGCAGUCGCAGCCCUGAAAAGCUUAACAGAGUUCCUCCAGGGCAAAGUUUUCAUGAAAUGAUGAUGGAAAAGGCUCGUUCUGCUAACGCUGACAGUGCAGUUGCAGGCGGGAACCUAUCUUAUUCCCGAAAUAAUGAGGAAGAGGAUGGUGCUAUUCCUGCUCAUGAACAUAUGUGAAGCAAUUGCUAAGCUGACUUGGUUACAACAUUUUUUGGUCGGAAAUGGUAGCGUUAUGUUGUAUGCAAAAAUGCUGUAUGGAACUUAUAUUGGUGCAGUACAGUAAAAACUUUCGUAUUGUAACUGGGAAGUGAUUGUUGUGGACGUAAAUGUGGGUCUCUAGCUGUUUUUGCAAGGCUAAGUGGGGUACCUGUCGUAAAAAAAGGGGGUUAGUGUUGAACAUUCGAAGUAGCUGGAUGUAUUUUCAUGGUAUUUAUGCAGGCCAUGCUUAAAAAUGAAUGUAUGCAGUUAAUCAUAUUGUUAUGUUUUAUGUUUUUUUUUUAACAGACGAAAUUAAAAAGGAUGCUGCAUCCUUGGCUAUUCUAUGCGCCACUUCCACUUUUGCCCUA